UUAUUAUUCUUACUUUUUUUUUCUCUGAUAUUUUUAACUGAUAAGCAAUUAUAAGAAUGUAAGAUGAUGACAUUGUUAGCGAGAAUAGUGACAAAAAAAAAAAUAAAUAAAUAAUGUUUAUCUGCAAUCAGCUCACUAUUAAGUAGUUUAUAAUUAUGUACAGCGUGUAAAAUAUAUCAAAAGAGUGUGCUGAUUGGUGUAGUGCGAGCUGUCAUCGUGUGUAACAAGUAACAACGACUUGAUGUUGACGAGUAUGUGACAUACGUGAGUGUAGGUAUAUAGAAGAAUGAAAUAAGUGUUUACAAUAAUAAGGUUAUUGCAAUCGUGAUCGAUCACAUCAUCCUCUCUCGUAAACGUUAAGUAUGUCGUCGUCUAGUAAAAAAUUUACCGUGUAAAAGCCAUUUGUCGCUUGUGAUGUAGCACAGCUGUUAAGUUUCAAGGAUCGUAGCAAGAGGUGUCAACUAAAGGAAAUGUCUCUAAAGGACGAUGAAAGCACUUGGAUCUUGGAGUUAGAGGCAGCCCUCUUGGAUGCAGAAGCACCUUCUGCAUCUGAUAUAUACGCAAUUUGCAAAGGUCAGCCAGUGCCAGCUAAUCUGAAGCCAGACGUUUGGCAAGCUUGUUUGGAUGUCACUGACAGAGGGAACCAGCUAAUACACUUCAAUGAAGUUUUUGAUCUUCCAGAGCAAAAUACCAUCAGAAAUGAUUGUCAACAAUUAGUUAAUAAGCUAGGAAAUGACGAUGAAGAUAAAGUAUCGGUUGUUUCUGACUUGGAAUCCAUCAUAACUUUUUAUUGUAAGAAUAGAGGAAAAAGAUAUGAAAAAGGAAACGGUUGGCUCGAAUUAUUGGGCCCUUUGAUAGCUCUAAAGUUGCCUAGAUCAGCAACAUAUAAUUUAUUUGAAGCCAUCAGAGACAUUUAUAUUCCAAGAGGUGACACACAUAGUGCUGUAUUGAGGCUACUGCUGCUUUAUCAUGAGCCAGAAUUAUGUUCUUUCUUGGAUACAAAAAGAGUUUCGCCAGAUCAGUAUACAAAAGGAUGGAUAAACACUUUGUUUGCUGGAGUCUGCUCCUUGCCAGCCAUUUCAACCAUGUGGGACUUGUAUUUCAUGCAGGCGGAUCCAUUUUUCAUGAUGUUUCUGUCGCUAAUAAUGGUCAUAAAUGCAAGAGAACAAAUUCUAAGUAUGAAAGACGAAGAAAAACGAACGAUCGUCGACGCUCUUGCCGCUAUGCCCUGUGCUCUGGAAGCCGAGGACGUCACGGAUUUUUGCUCGCUUGCUCAGUACUACUCCAUGAAGACGCCCUCGUCGUUCAAAGUCGACCUCUACGGGAUAAUGUUCGGCGAGGGUGGGGACGAAAAAUUCAUCACUCACGCUCUGUGCCUACCCGUGUCCGCCCAAGAGCUUAUUGAAAAUACAUCCGAGGUCUCGGAGUACUUGACCGGAGGUGCGCCGCCUGUCGAGGCUGUUAGGUUCUUCCUGGUCGAUUGUAGGCCGGCUGAACAGUACAACGCUGGACACCUCAAGACCGCCUUCCACCUAGACUGCAAUCUUAUGCUGCAAGAGCCAGCAGCAUUCGCGACUGCGGUACAAGGACUGUGGCAAGCUCAGCGUCAGGCAAUAGCCGCGGGAUCAGAGGCAGGUGGUGAACAUUUAUGCUUUUUGGGCAGUGGACGGCAAGAGGAGGAUCGCUAUCUUCACAUGGUUGUUGCAUCCUUCUUGCAGAAACACACUCAGUAUGUCAGUAUGGUGGUUGGUGGAUACCAAGCUGUUCACGAAUAUUUCGGCGACGAAGUAGUUAAUUUAGUAGAUCACAAUUCUCAGUACUGCUUGGUAUGUAAUACAAGUUUAUUGGAAGGCGAUCCCAGUGAUGCAAGUCCAGCUCAAAUGAAGAACAGUAAUUCGGAUCUUUUAGGAAAAAUUGGUCAAGCCAUGAAACUGAAAAGUCAAGAAAUGAAGGGUAAACUGUUUGACUACAUCGUCAAUCCGGCAGUGAACACAAAUAACAGUGCGGAAAAGACGAACGACAAAAAUGCAGAUACAAGCAGAGGCGAAUCGAGUGCUCGGCCUGUCUUUAGCAUAGAUGAUGACCAAGAUUCCGAUAUGACGAUGGCAUUAACUCAGAGUGAAGAGCCGAUCGAAGUAGUUUCUAUUCAACAGUGGUUGAAAGAUCCAAACUUAGUUCAUUCCUUCAAGUGUAUGGAAGUCAAAGUAAAUGGAUACGUGUAUGAAAGUCAUCUUUUAGUCACCGAUACCCACAUCAUUGUUCUUCGUGAAAUCCAGGGUCGAAAGGGAGCAGCACACGUAAUAGUGAAACGUCCCCUAUCAAGUAUAGUCAGAAUAACAUCCAGAAAAAAACAUCCAGAUUUAAUUACGUUUAAAUACGGUUCAACGCAGUCCGAUAGUGUAGUUAUUUCUGACAUGGACAGAUUUCUCAUACCCAAUGCAAGUGAAGCUACAAAGCUAAUCUCCCAACAAAUAAUGAAACAAAUGAAGUCAUUGGAAUAG